AACCUAUCUCGGCAUUUAAAGAGUGUCUGCAACAAAUCUUCCUUUCUAAACAGAUGGUUGACAAAGUGUACACCUGAAGAAAAAAGUAAGAUUUUUUUCAUUUUAUGUUAUAACCUUUUGAAAUUAACAAAAUAAUUGUCUUUAUAGAGAAAUAUUGUGAAGAAUGCAAGGAGUUAAUAUCACAAAAUUUAUGGUUUGGUCAUCUACGAUCAAACGCACAUAAAAAUAAUUCUAAAAUAUUACAACAACCAGGAGUACAAAUUAUUAAAUCUGCAUUCAAAGAAAGAAUAAUAACAUACAGAUUAUCUGUGGAGGAGAUGAUCGUAAAUGUUAAAAAUUACUUUAUAACAUUGGAACAAAAGAUCCUUCGGAUAUUUGAGGAUCAAUUAAAAAAACAUAAAUGCAUUAAAAGUAAUAUGGAGCUUUUUGGCUAUUAUUAUAAUCCCAGUACUGAUAAUCAUGAUGUAAAAUCAUUUAAUACUCCAUUUAAAGUAAUUUGCAAUAAUCCUGAAACAAAGGAUUUGAUUGAAGAAUUUGCAACAGUUAUUGACAAUAAGGCAGAUCAGUUCGCAGAAAAAGAUUCUGGAUGGAUCUUACUUAAUUUUGUUCAUUUGGAAAUUAACAUCAAUAAAUUCAAUCCUUUGAGAGCAUCAUCAUUUAUUGAACUCCCUCCUGAAAUAGUACGACGUCAAGCUGUAGUUAACAUAAGAAAUAACGAUGACUACUGCUUUGCUUGGUGUAUCAUGGCAGCUCUUCAUACUCCAACACGUGUGGACUUUGUCACAUCAUCAUACCCACAUUAUUCAACGGUUUUGAACACUGCAGGUAUUGAUUUUCCAAUAACAUUAAAAGACAUUAAAAAAUUUGAAAAUCAAAACAAUAUUUCUAUUAAUGUAUAUGGUUUAGAAAAAUAUUAUAAUAAAAUUUCUAAUAAUGAAGAAUAUGAAAUAAUUGGUCUCUACAUUUCACAAAUGCUAAAAAAAUAUUCAUGUUAAUUUAUUAUUGAUAAACGAUGAUGAUGGAAAUCUUCAUUAUUGCUACAUUUCCGAUCUUUCUAAAUUAAUUUCUAAACAACUUAGUAAACACAAUGGUAGAAAAUAUUUAUGUGAAGGAUGUUUGCAAUAUUUUGACACAGAACAAAAAUUACAAUACCAUAAUAGUUAUGAUUGUGAUCAUGUUAAAAUUAAUUUACCUUCUAAAGAACUAGUUAAAGAUAAAUAUGGAAAUGUAGCAUAUGAAAAUAUAUUAAAAUUUAUAAAUUAUCAAAAACAAAUGGAAGUUCCUUUUGUGAUUUAUGCAGACUUUGAAUGUAUUU